GCGAAAUUAGUAAACGAUAAUGAAAGUCAACCAUCUACUCCCAGUUCUCCCCCUCGCUGGGCUGACCCUUGGCUGCAACCACCAUCACGACGACAAGAAAUGGACUGCCGAAGAGUUGGCCGAACUUGAGGCAAAAUGGGGUUUUGAUUGGGCAUUCGGCGGCAUUGGCACUUUCGCGCACCUGAAUCAUGUUAAAUGCCUGACAGAGCCAACCGAGCCCUACGACAUCGCUAUUAUUGGCGCUCCAUUCGACACCGCCGUGACGUAUCGACCCGGUGCACGAUUUGGUCCAAGAAGUAUUCGUCACGCAUCCGGUCGCCAACACUCCCUCCGCGGCUACAAUCCUCGAGCAGACAUCAAUCCAUACCAAAACUGGGCCAAGAUUGUAGAUUGCGGCGAUAUUCCUAUAACACCUAUCGACAAUGAUAUUGCUCAGAAGCAGAUGACGCAGGCUCUUGAGCAAUUGGGAAUGCGCAGAACUGUAUCAUCGAUAUCUUCGAAGCCCAAGCUCUUUACACUCGGUGGCGAUCAUAGCUUGACUUUGCCUGCUCUUCGAGCAUUGAAGAAGGUCUACGGAAAUCGCGAGAUCCAAGUGCUUCAUUUCGAUGCCCAUCUUGACACGUGGAACCCUCACGCAUAUCCCUCUUACUGGGGAACGACACCUUUCAACCAUGGAUCCAUGUUUUGGCUAGCCAACCAGGAAGGACUACUCUCCAACUCAUCAUCCCAUCCCUCAGUCCACGCGGGCUUGCGAACACGACUCACCGGCAUCCAGGACAACGAAGACGACACUGCGCAGAACUGGAUCCGAUUCUCAGCUGAUGACAUCGACAAAAUUGGAACACAAGGUAUAAUCGAUGGCAUAAUGAAGAUUCUAGGCACCGAAAACUUGGUGUAUCUCUCGGUAGACAUUGACGUCCUUGACCCAGCCUUUGCGCCAGGAACAGGCACGCCUGAGCCUGGCGGUUGGUCAACCAGGGAGUUUAUAAAUAUUCUGAGAGGCAUCGAGGGUCUGAACCUUGUCGGUGCGGAUGUCGUGGAGGUUUCGCCUGUUUAUCAAGGGGCAGGUGAAGAGACGACAUUCGCGGCUGCACAGGUCGUUUAUGAGAUUUUGACGUCUAUGGUCAAGAGAGGAUUGCAGGGUCUUGGAAGAUCGGACAAAGUUAGUAAGGAUGAGUUGUAGUUGCAUCUGCUUAACUGUUAUCGCCAUUACAACCAAAUGAAGGGAGAAAGACCCAGGUCCACCUGGCACAAUAUUUGGGAUUCUACUCAAGAGGGACAGCCUAGUUUAUUCUGCUUCGUGUAAAGAAAUUGAGCAAACGUUACUCGUCAAAGAAAUUAUCAUAACCUUGAGAAUGUAAUUAAUUAAGAGUUCG